ACAACAUUUUAAGCUAUAAUUCAAACAAAUUUAAACGUGCUACUUGGAACUAUUGAAUGUUAAAUAAAAAAAUUUAAUUUUAAUAAUCUUUAUUCACCGCCAAAAACUGGCUGAAUCAUAGUUUGAGUUGUACAUAUUUAAUACAUGGUGGGGAAAAGAUUGCGUUCAUUUUGAUUUCGAGCGAUUUCCGUUUUAAGUGAUGGGCAAUGAAUAUUGUUAUGCAGCAAAUCGAAUAUAAAUAAAAUUGAGGAAACAUCAAUCCAAGCAAAAUGAAUAUGAUGUCGAUACUUGGAACUCUGAGCAUAAAUGCGUUGCCUGCAACAUCCAAAGCGUUGAAUAUAGCUGUUAUUGGAGCUGGAGCAGCAGGCCUUACGAGUGCAAAAAACGCUCUCGAACAAGGACAUAAUGUGGUGAUCUACGAAAAGACUGAGGCAUUGGGUGGAAUAUGGUGGUACACAGAUAAAACCGGAAAAGACGAGUACGGCAUUGAUAUUCACACUGCAAUGUAUCAAGGGCUGAGAACAACUUUACCAUACCAAGUAAUGGAAUAUCCAGGACAUAAAUAUCCAAAUAAUACACAAUCAUAUCCACCACAUGAGGAGGUAUUGAAAUACUUAAACUCUUACGCUGAACGUUUCGAUUUGAAGAAACACAUAAAAUUCCAUCAUUUUGUCGACAAAAUUCAUUCGAUUCAAAAUGACCAAUGGAUCGUAGUUGUCAAAGAUUUGCCUAACAGCAGGACCGUAUCGGCGAUUUAUGAUGCAGUUUUCGUUUGCGUUAAUAUGUUUUCAUCACCAAAUUAUCCGCAAAUUGAAGGUGCCAAUGAAUUCAAAGGAAAAAUUAUACACAGCCAUGAUUACCGUAGAGCUGAAGAUUUUCGAGGUGCAGAUGUUUUACUCAUCGGAGGUGGUGACAGUGGAACGGACAUUGCAUUUCAACUUUCAAAGACUGCCAAUCGGGUAACGUGGAGUAGACGUAAGCCCAAAGAACCAACAGCAAAAGAACAAAAAGGAUAUGGAGAAACUGUUACAUUUAAAAAUGAUGUGAAACUUUUAACAUCAAAUGGAGCCGAGUUUAUGGAUAACACGCAACAAGAUUUUACAGUGAUUAUAUAUGCAACAGGUUACAGACUUUCGUUUCCGAUGUUGGACGAUGAUGCAGGCAUUCGAAUUGAUGACAAUUAUCUGCAACCUCUCUACAUGCAAACUCUGAACAUAAAUCAUACGACGAUGGCUUUUAUUGGUUUAACUGGGUCGAACCAAAUAUACGAUUUAAAGGCACGUUUUUCUCUGAAAUUCAUCUCUGGAGCCAAGAAGUUACCACUAAAGUCAGAAAUGUUGGAAGAAAUGCUAAAUUUCACUGAGGCUCAACAGAAGAAGGACGUUUCAAAAUUUGAUUAUAAUUUGCUAGGUCCAAAUAAGGAAUACUAUGAGAAAAUGGCUCAAACUGCAGAUAUUACCAAAAUUACGGAUGUUUAUAUGAACAUAUAUAGCGAUGCAUACCCUAGUCCAGAUGAAGAUCCCUUUGGAUAUCGUCAAUAUAAAUAUACAAUAAUUGAUGAUAAAACAUUUAUAAAAGAAAAAGAAGUCUGAUACGAUUCAUGGAAGAUAAGACCAAAUUCAUAUCAUUACAUAUUUUCAAAUGAAAUAUCACUCUAUGUUAAAUAUAAAUGUUCAAAUAAUGAGUAAAAAUAUCACAGAAUUAAAGAACGGUUCAGAGGAACAU